AUGACGAAACAUUGUGCCUUCCGGCGUAAACAAGGACACAGAAAGAAACGUUAUAUCAUCACAUUUGAACAGCUCAAAAUAUCUAGCUAUGGUAACAAGCCAGAUGAUAUCAUAACAGCAUCAGAGCUGGAAUUUGAACGACUUUACACAACGAAAACGAGUACGGACGAUUCUCCCUAUUCAACUUUGGCUAUUUCACCAGUGCUCCGAUCAUUUGUUAGACAUGGAUCUGAAGACGAGGAGCGAAAGAAACCAAAAUCAUUAAAGAGAGUGUUGGGUCGGUUUGCUGAGAACACAUCAAUAUCCGGCCUUCCACAUUUAUACAAUGCCAAAAGGACAGUUGGCAAGGUGUUCUGGGGAGUCUUGGUCAUCACCGGUUUUUGUGCCAUGUUUGUCCACCUAUAUUUUUUAUUCGCCGAGUUCCUGUCAUGGCCGAAAAAGACAACAAUAUCACUAGGUUUCAACAAUCUACAGCUCCCAGCCAUCACCUUAUGUAACGUCAACGUUAUACGAAGAUCUCGACUGGAUUUAGCUGCCGAAAAACUCGUAGCAUUUACAAGUAAAGUAGACCCGGCAAAUUUAUUGGGCGUUACCGACCCUGAUGAUGUGGAUGUGAAACCGUAUGAUUAUGAUUACGGUGUAGAAGGAUCCGGAUCUGGCGAUGAGUAUUACUACUACUACGACUACGAAGAUUACCACGAUGAAACUGCAAGGGAAAGUGGAUUCUUCGAAAGAGACAAACUGUCAGAAAUAUUCACUAACUUUCGAGGCCUAUACUUAAACGAAUCAAGAAUUAACCGCAUUUCAAUGGGACAUGAUUUCAAUAAGACUCUUAGCAACUGCGCCUUCAACGGCUACAGGUGCUACUCGGAAAAUUUUACACUAUACCAAACUCCUAAGUAUGGAAAUUGUUACACGCUGGAUAUGAAGAAUUUCGUUAUCAAAAAGCCAGGACCAAAUGCGGGUCUGUCUUUGACUCUAUACCUGGAGACACAUGAGUAUCUGCCGGGUGUUACUGAUGGGUAUGGUCUGCGUGUUACCCUACACGCUCCCAACACUGUCCCAUUUCCUGAAGAAACUGGCUUCUUCAUUCCGGGAGGCCAAGAAAGCAGCAUUGCUCUCAAACAGACAAAGAUCACAAGAAUCGGCCGUCCUUACGGAAAUUGCGCCAAGGAUGACGAAUUCAAAGCUUUAUACAACAAGAGUUACAACCGGCAGUCCUGCCUGUUCCUGUGUAAAACCACACAGACAUUACAGCGAUGUGGAUGUUUUGACCCCAUGCAUGCAGAGAUACUAUUUAGUGCCAAAAGCUCAAAAAAGGAAUGUUCGUCACAAGAAGAAAUUAAAUGCAUGAUUAAGACAACUAUCCAGCUGACGAAGAAAACGAUAUCCUGUGAAUGUCCUGAUCCCUGUUCGAGAAACUUUCUUAAGUUGUCGGUAUAUUAUGAGGAAUUGAACUUUCAAUCCAUACAGGAACAGCCUGAUAUUGCGAAUGCACAGUUCGCCUCGGAUUUCGGCGGCGCUAUAGGUCUGUGGAUUGGCCUUUCUGUUCUAAGUAUGUUUGAGAUAAUUUACCUGUGUGGUAUGAUAGGGGGUUAUAUCAUGGAAAAAUCGCCUGAACAUGUUCCAGCAAAACAACACAGAAAAAAACACAAUAAGCGUCCGUAUCGAGGUUUAAAAUGUUCCUUCUCUCCAAACUACAACUUACAUGUAUCGCCUUAUAGUGAUGUUCAGGAGAGAACAACAGAGCGCCUUGGCUCGAACGGGGGACCACUGGAGAAGAAGUUCAAUAUAAACCGGAAGUUACGAUACCCCUCUGCUGAUAGUAGAGAGUUCGAUGAACAUCGUACAAUACCAACCAAGUAUCACACUAAUUAUGGCUAUAGAAACCAACGUUGGUGA